AUGCCAAGUUUAAGGUCCUCUUUUUGGUUUUAUGGCCUCUUUCUCUCCAUAGACAGCUGCAGCCCACCCAACUCCAUUGAGGAUGGAUACUAUGAAGAUGCAGACAGCAAUUAUCCCAUAACCCAAAUGAAUGGAGAACAGAAAAACUCAUAUAAUGACUCAGAUGGAAUGAGCAGCUCUUAUGAGUCAUAUGAUGAAGAUGAUGAUGAUGUGAAAGGCCAGAGAAGGACAUACCAAUGGCCAUCUGAAGAGAACUCCAUGGGUCUGGUAAAGGAGUGCCACAUCUGUGCUUUCCUGCUUAGAAAAAAGCGUUUUGGACAAUGGGCCAAACAGUUUGCUGUUAUCCGGGACAACAAACUACUGUGCUACAAGAGCAUCAAGGAUCACUCGCCACACACUGAGAUGCCCCUUUGCACAUGCAAUGUGAUCUAUGUCCCAAAGGAUGGCCGACGGAAGAAACACGAGCUGCGGUUUGCCUUGCCAGGAGCAGAGGCCUUGGUGCUUGCAGUACAGAGCAAAGAACAAGCUGAGGAAUGGCUGAAGGUCAUCCGAGAAGUUAGUAGUCAGUGCAAUGGGGCGUUUGCUGUUGAAGGAUCCACUUCACCAAUAAUUCUGCGUAAACUGGAAUUGGAAAAGAGGCUAUCACAGGAAAAGCAGACCUCGGAUUCGGACAGUGUGGCCACAGCAGACAAUGGGUGUAUGGCCAAUGGAAAAGACAGCCGGGAGCAGACUAAGGGAAAGAAAGGAAGUCUGGCAGAGCUGAAGGGAUCCGUAAGCCGGGCAGCAGGGAAGAAAAUUACCAGAAUCAUCAGCUUUUCAAAGAAGAAACCAGUGGCACCAGAAGAUCCCCCGAGUGAGGACAUUCCCUGCAGCGGAUAUCUGAAUGUGUUGGUUAAUCAGUGCUGGAAGGAACGCUGGUGCCGCCUGCAGAGGAAUACUCUUUACUUCCACAAGGACCCCUCUGAUCUGCGCACUCACAUCAAUGCCAUUACACUGAAGGGAUGUGAGGUGGUUCCAGGCCUUGGUCCCAAGCACCCGUUUGCUUUUCGGCUUCUUCGUCAUGGCAAUGAGGUGGCAGCUUUAGAGGCUGCUUCUUCCGAGGAGAUGGGGCGCUGGCUGGGACUGAUCCUGGCGCAGACAGGAUCCUCCACCGAUCCAGAAUCUUUGCACUAUGACUAUGUUGAUGUGGACACAAUAGCCAACAUUGUAAAUGCCGUAAGGCAUUCCUUCAUGUGGGCCACUUCUUCUUACAGUUCAAAAGGGCCCUCCGAUGGCAGGACCUAUGAUGAGGUUUCCAUUGAAGAGGACCAGGUAUCAGGACCCAAGUGCUCAGCUGCAAACCAAGUCAAGCGACAUUCAUCCUUCUCCAGUAAAGCAUCACAGAAGAUUGACCCCCAGGUCACAAUCAAGCGUCACGCAUCAAAUGCAAACCAGUACAAAUAUGGGAAAAAUAGGGCAGAGGAAGAUGCCAGGAGGUAUUUGUUGGAGAAAGAGAAAUUGGAAAGACAGAAAGAAGAGAUCAGGAAUGAACUGUCUGUGCUGAGAAGGCAGAAGAAAGAGAAGAAAGAAGGUCUGAAAAAUUGCACAGGGAAGAUGAGGAAUUUUCUAGAAGAUCAGAUAACAAAGCUGGAAGAGGCCUGCAAAGAGAAGGAACGUGAGCGUGUGGACCUGGAGCUAAAACUGAGCGAGGUGAAGGAGAACCUGAAAAAGUCACUGGCUGGAGGAUCUGUUAGUGCUUCAAGUGAGAGGAAGCAGCAUAAACAAGUUUCCGGAAGUAACACUACGAGUGCCUAUGCAGAAUCACACAUUCCAGUAAACUGUGCAUCGGAAAUGAGGAAACGCACAUCAUCCCUCUCUAAUGCUGUCAAGGGCACCGUCAUGCAGAAGGCUAAGGAAUGGGAGACCAAGAAAGGAACUUAAAUGAGUCAUACUCCUUCAAAAUGGACUGUUGUAUAGUAAGUCGCUGCUGAAAGGGAAGAAUCCUUUUGCCUAUGCUCCACUGGGAAUCAAACAGACUGCCAAAAGAUUUUUCCCCAAAAAAAGGAAAAUUAUCUUUUCCAGAUUAGGUUGCAGUUUAUCAUUUUUGUUAGACAAAUGAUUUAAACUGUCAAUGUGCCAGAGGAAAAGAAAAAAAAAAGUGUCGUCCAGUAAGUUGCUAGGAACAAGUUUGCAGGACAUGUAGUACAGUACAAACCUCCUCCUUAUUUAUAUCAGGCAGGCAGCAUUUUCCUGUCAACAUCAGAAAACUAAGCCGGAAAUUGCAACUGAAGAGGAAGUGGAUUCUUCACUCUGACCUCAAACAGGAUGCACAAUUUUUCCUUUGAUCCCAGGCAAGUGGCUCUUCUUACUGCAGAGUGGUGAAUAUGUGUCCUGUUCUUUAUUGGGAUCAUACACAACUCUAUAAAGACUUUCUGCUAGAUGUCACAUACACCGGAUCCUGUUGACAGUUUUUCACUCUGAAUCAGAGAGGAAGGUAAAGUGACUUGGCAUGAUGUUUACUCUCUGAUGCUCCCUUUUUCCAGUCACGCUUUUGUAAAGAGUUUUCCACAUUGCUGUCUCUGCUGUGGUGAAGAGCCUUAAAUAGCUUGUAAUGAGGCACACUGCUAGUCACGCACACCAGGGGUUUUCAGAGAGCCAGACCUGUGCCUGGUCAGUGAAGCACUUUGUCAUAAUGGUCACCGUGACGGACAAUGCAUCAAAUAAACCUUAACUAACUGGAA